AUGCACUUUUUGUUGUAUCUGUCUGCUAUCUUUGUCUUGACCCAGAAUGCCCUCGCCGUGAACCAAUUCCGCCGGCCAGCCGCCGAGGGACCUACGGGGGACUACAGCGAAAACCCGGUUUAUGAAGUCGGCAAGGACAUCACCUUUCUGUGGGAUACGGACUUUGACAUGAUCGACCUGGUCGUCUGGAGUGAUGCCUCGGAUAAGCUAAAGACAUCUCUGUACAAGAGGAUCACGACAAAUUUAUCUAGUAAAGCCUUCACUUGGAGGCCCAGCUUCGAUGGGUUUCCAGCGGAGUCCAUGACUCUCGGCGUCUUCUACUUGACCUUCUACCAAGCAGGGACCACCAAACAGGCGGCUCAGUCGCAUUAUUUCAACAUCACUCAGUCGGCAACGGCGGCAGUGGCUUCGAGCUCGGUGGAGCCUUCAUCCACAACGCCUACAUCAACCAAUACCGCAGUUUCAGGCUCUUCAACAUCGGCGACACCGGCCUCCUCACCAACUGCCACAUCGACUAAAACCGUGUCUCAGAGCGCUAGCGAGGGGCUCGGAGCGGGUGCUGCGGCGGGCAUAGCGGUUGGAGCCACCCUGGGCACGAUAUUGAUCGUUUGUGCAGUAGGGAUUGUAACAUGGAAACGAUAUCAGGGAAGAAAGCGACUUGGUGUUCAAGACCGCAUGUCCCGAGGGAGCCUCGCCUGGGACAAUGGCUACCCGGCACAAUACUCGAAUCCAGCGCAAUACGAGCACUCGACGGAAUGGAAAUCUGCUAUGCCAGUAACGCCUGCUGAGCUCAGCAACGAUAGACCAGCUGAGCUAGGCACAGGGAGGGGCUAA